AUGUGUGUACGCCACAAAGGUGCUGGAGUAGGUGUACUAUAUGCUGUGGGUGGUCAAGAUGGAUCAAACAUUCUAAGUAGUGUUGAAACAUUCAGACCAAGUAUAGAAGUUUUGACUUCUAUUGCAGAUAUGCAUUUGCCUCGAAGUGAUGCAGCAGUAGUUGCAUUAAAUGGUGUAUUGUAUGUCGUAGGUGGCAACGACGAAACUUCUAGUUUGAAUUCUGUAGAAUGUUACAGCCCACACACCAAUACCUGGACUAUGGUGACAGUGCCAAUGAAUGAUGCACGGACUUCAGCAGGAGUAAUAGCCAUUAAUAGGCCACAACUUUUUAACACUUGUUAG